GGCCAGCGUAACGCGUGGCACCAAAAAAAAACUCUAUUUUUUUGCAAGGAAAACGCUCGGGGCCUUGCAGCCCCCUCGCCCGGCCCACCUGCGCGCUCUGCCCGGCAGGUGGAGCAUCCUCAUCGCUUUUCACCCGCUCGUCGCGCCCCGAAGUGGAGGGAAAGGCUGCUCCUUCCCUCACGGCUCGCCGUUCACGGCUUAUUUUCGGGGGAGGAUACCCGCACCGAGGCGAGGAGAGCCGCGCAGCGGCGGCGCUGAGGGGAGGAGGCCGCGGGGACAGGCGGGGGCUGCCCCGCCAUUUUGCAGCCUCACUGGGAGGCAGAGGGGUGAAGCGGUGCUCGCAGCCGCCCCAGAACGGGCCCUUUGCCGGGUACAGGGCUCCUCCCGGGUUUACAUGAUGAGCGACAGACUCUUAAGCAACUUGGAUAAGCUUCUACUCGAGUUUGUUUUCCAGCUAAAGCAAACUUCUUAUGCAAAGGAACACGUUCACCAACAGAUAAAUUUGUAUUCUGUAAAAAUCACAGAAAAAAGGAAUGAAAUUGCUAGGUUGAAGGAAAAUAUAAAUAACAGCAAUGAUGCAAUUGCUGAUUUACGCAAGCAAAAUGAGAAUAGUAAGGACAGCUGUAAUGCCUGGAAGCCCACCUAUGCAAUUCUUAGCAAGCAUGAAGAAUAUUUGAAAAAUGAACUCGAAGUUUUGCAAGAAUCUACAGAAAAUGAGAGGAAAAUGUAUCAAGAUUACAUAAUCCAGUAUAAAGAGAUUUUGAAGCAACACCAUGAAAAGUAUGCAGAAACCGCUCUUGCACAGGAGUGUUACAAAAAAAAGAAGGAGAUUGAAGAAAUCCAAAACAGAAUUCUGAAGCAGUCUGAACAAUAUAAGUUGAAAGAAGACGCUUGCUCGGACAUUCUGGAGCCUGCUCCUUUUAAAUCCCUUAAUGACUGGGCUUUGCAUAUUGCUUCUUUGAGGCAAAAAACACAGGAAAUGUUAAAGCUUGCUGAAGUUGCUACGCAAGAAUCAAUUGAACUAGAAAGAGAAGCAGAGGAAUUAGAAAUGAAAAUUAAUUAUUUUAAAAAGAGAUUUGAAGAGACUACAGAAGAUCAAAAUGAUUCAGAAAUGGUUGAAGGAAAAAAUCUGAAAAGUCUAGAGAAGCCGAAGGAUUUUAAGGAAAGGAUAUUUGAAGAGAGUGAGCAUCCUUCUUUGUUAAAUGAGAAACAUCAACUGUAUAAACCAUUACAUCUUCUGUGCAUUCCUCGGAAAUCAGUCCAGUCUGUACAGACUAUUAGAUUCUCUAUGAAGCGAACAGACAAAGGGAGAGAAGAAAAAGAGAAACGUAUGGAACAUUCAGUUGCUACUAGCAGCUCCUCCAGCCAUGCAGAAAAUCCAUCACGGAUGGUUACGGACACUGCACGGACUAAUAAUCUACAAAUUGCCCAAGUUCCAAUAGGAAGCUUGCAAAACCAAAUGCAAUACAGACAGCUAGUUCCUCCAAAGCAGGUGACUACUAAUCAACAGUUUGAGAGUGAAAAUACAGUAAUAGAAGACCAAGAGGCCAAAUGUGAUGGUAAAGAAGCAGAAGAUGAGCCUAAGGAUUCUUCGUACAUACCUCAAAACAUACAUACCUAUUUUAAGUCAAAUGAAAACAAUCCAGACAGAGCAGAAGAAAGUGCAGAACAUUUUCUAAGAACACCUGAAACACCUGAGUUUGUUGGAACACCUGAUGCAAAGGGGAAGAAAACCCAGUUGUCUAAAACACCUCCAUUUGACUUCAUUCACAACUUAGGUUGUGAAGAAGGAACAUCAAAAUCUCCGGCUUUCUUUUCUCUCAUGAACUUCUCCCAGAAGUCACCUGGGUUUAAUUUGUUUGAUUCUUCUGUGUUUGGGGCAGAAAAUUCAUCUGAUGAGACAGAUGAUAAUUAUCCUGUGGGACACUUGAAUCCCAUGUCCCCACAGAAAGAUUUUGGAAGCUUAUUUGGGAAAUCAGAAAGUGAGGAUGCAUUUGCCUUUCCCUUCCCCUCGGAAUCGACUUCUCAUGCAUUUGGAGAUGGAAAAGAUGACUUUAGUUUUCCGUUUGCAUUUGGACAGGAUCAGAGAUCAUCACAGUCUCCUUCUGUGAAAGGUUUUCAUUCUUCCUUACAAAAUACAAAGCCAUCUGCAUUCUUUUGAAUACCUUUGCGUUCCUUUUAAAUUCUUUUCCUACUUAGCCUUGACAAAUGUUUUCAGUUUCUUAAGUUAAAGUACAAAGCAUUUCAUCUUCUCCUUUCAUUUCAUGUAAGAAUACAUUAUUGCAAUUGCUGCAAGAGCAUGUGUAUAUCCAGCAAGCACAUGCUUUGAGAUGCAGCUUUCAUUUUUCUUGUUUAUUUUCUAAAUAUGUUGUUUUCAUAAAAUGUUAUGAUACGCUUUCCCUAAAUUGGCACUUACAAGCAGCAGAAAUACUAUUUUAAAAUAGCAUGUUGAGUUAAUUCAAUAUCUUUGAGAGAGCAUCUAAAGAGUACUUCUAGAUGAGUACUUUCAGUCUCUGAUAUGAAAUAAAAGAAAGUGUUAGUAAAAGUAACUUUAUUGUACCAGACAAAGCUGAAUUUGAGUUACAGUGUUCUUAAGUUCGUUAUCUGUUAUAAAAAUUUUGAAAUAAAUG